CUCUGUUACCUUCAAUUAAGUGGUAACCUCCUCCUUGUCAAUAAUGGGUUAAAUCACACAAGGAAGUACCUGUGUGGUCAUUUACACAGGGAGUAAAGUCCAUGAGAGAAGACAACAGGGAAGCGAUUCCCGGAUUCUUUAUGAAGAGCUUGUUUAGUGAGUUUGCUGCUGGUGAAGUCGUAUAUGUGUUCACAGAAGAUCGUCUUUGAAGCUUAUUGUGUUAAACCACAAUCCAAGAAAUGGACAGUGACCCAUCGAGACAAGACUUGAGGAGGGUGUACGACUACAACGAAGAAAAUGGUUACCCAGGUGACCAGCAGUCACUCCGGUCACGACGUGCUCCAUCUCGAGUGUCCAAUCAGAAUUACCCUCAGUUUGCGUGGAACUCGACCCCAGAAGGUGGGGAUGAGGAGGACAGCGGUGGUCAGCACCGGGACCUCAGGAGCAGCCCCCUGCCCAUGGCACUGAAGAGAGCUGCGAGGCAGGUGCAGCAGAUGCAGUUGCCCGUGGUUUCCAGACGGGAUUCCUGGAAACGGAAAAAGGCCAAGGUUCUUCGUAAACUCAAAGACAAUGCCAGAGAAUUCAUCUACAUGUUUGCGCUGUGGAAUAAGUCCAUGCAACAGAUUGGAGGGAACUUUGGAGGUGGCGUCCAGUCUUAUUUUAUUUUCCUGCGGUUCUUGGUGGUGCUCAAUUUUGUUUCCUUUUCACUGAUCGCAGCUUUUGUCAUCAUCCCCAGCAUUGUGUUGGGAUCUGUUGGGGCAACCCUAGGUAACAUCACAGGUCCAGAGGAAUGCAUGGAAUAUGACCCUAAUCCUGAGGGCCUGGUGCUGUUCUACAAUUACUUCCUCAAUAUACUUUCAGGAACGGGCUUUUUGGAGUACUCGUAUUUGUUUUACGGCUACUACACGAACACAAUUGUGGACACCACCUUCUCUUACAACAUCCCGCUGGCUUAUCUCUUCACCGCCAUCUUUUAUUUCUUCUUCUGUCUUAUUUGUAUUACUGCACGCAUGGGGACUGCAGCUCGAGUUGCUGUGGCAACAGGAGGCAGCACUGUGGGCAACUACAGCAUGAUAGUGUUCACCAGCUGGGACUACGGUUGUCUAGGAGACAGAGCUACCAAACUGAAGCAGAAAAAUAUCCACUACCAGCUACAGGUGGAUCUGGAGGAGGAGACCAGAAAGAAAAGGACAGCAUCUCUAGAAUUAAAACAAAAAAUGGUUUUAUACUCUGUCCGUGUUUUGUUGUUGUUAGUUUCAUUGGGACUCACUGCAGCAGCCUGCUAUGGCAUCUUUAGGGCCACAGAAUUCAGCCAGGCUGAAAGUGGGAGGGACGGGAUCCUGGGUUUGAUUAUUGAGUAUCUCCCCUCCAUUGUCAUCACUGCCGGAAACUUCCUGGUACCACUGGUGGAUGACCGGAUCGCCUUAGCGGAGAAAUAUUCUCCCAGCACCACUGUCAUACUGGCACUAUUCAGGGCUGUGGCCCUUCGGCUGGUGAGUCUGGGUGUCCUCCUCAUCACCCUGUGGAGUCAGGUCACCUGUGAGGGGAACAGAGAACAUUUGGACUGUGAGCUGUGCAAAUACAAUCACAAAGCCUAUCAGUGCUGGGAAACUCGUGUGGGGCAGGAGAUGUACAAGUUGACACUGUUUGACCUCCUCGUUAACAUUGCUGUGCUCUUCCUGGUGGAGUUUCCACGCAGGCUGGUGGUGGACAACUGGUCCCACAAGCUGGCUCAGUGGGUGGGUCGGCAGGAGUUUGUAGUUUCCUCCAAUGUGCUCGGGCUGGUUUACAGUCAGACUGUGGUGUGGACUGGAGCUCUUUUUUGCCCUCUGCUGCCACUCAUCAACACCGUCAAGUUUGUCAUCCUCUUCUACUGCAAGAGGAUCACACUCUUCCAUAAUUGUCGGCCAGCACUAAAGACUUUUCGUUCCACCACCUCCACCUUCUUCUUCCUGGUGGUGCUCUUGGUUGGUGGGGGCCUGGCCACAGCUGUCAUGGUUUACAGUCUUGCUGUAAUCCAUCCUUCUUUUGGUUGCGGUCCUUUCCGUAUGUUCCCCAGCAUGUGGUCAAUUGUUCCAACCUCUUUCUUAAACUUAUCUGAAACUACACAAGAGUUUCUCUUCUUCAUUGGUUCCCAAGCAUUCUCCAUCCCUCUGUUUGUGUUAAUAAGUGUACUGAUGUGCUAUUUUGUAGCUUUAGCAUCUGUCUAUGGGAAAAGUGUUGCCCUGCUAAAAAAACAACUUAAGCAGGAGGGCCGUGACAAGCAGUUCUUGCUCAAGCAGAUUCAGGAGCUGAGUCGAAAGCUUCAGAUACCAACUCACACUGUAGGAGUACGGGACUGAACACAUCAUGGAGACCAUGUUUGACGUUCAAAAGAUAAUCCAUCAAGAUGAGGCAUCACAAACAAAUCUACGCACACAGUGUAAAUUAUGUGUUUACACUGAUAGUCGCUAGAUAAUCCUGCAUCAAUGUUGUAUCAGACGAAACUGCAUCCUAGCUGGAGUCCUGGCUUACACGUGUCUCCCUGUUGCAUCCAGAGCAAUCAUCCACUCAUGAGCCGUUCAAUGUUGUAAAAACUAAAACAAAUUUAUUUACGUGUUCCAUAAGUGUCACAAAUCCAAGUAUUUGGCAGAUGAUGCAGGAUUCCACAAUAUUAAACGAAACUCUUAGACAGACACGGUAAAAAACCAUGCAACUCCAAACCUGUCUAGCUUCCACUGACUCCUCCCACUCUCUGUGCCACACACAAACCUAUAUUAAAGACACAGUUUUCUUAUCAAAAAAUAAACUAUAUGUAUAUAAUAUGUUAAUCAACAAAACCUAUUAUGUU